AAAGAAAUCCUUAACACACCACUGUUGACAGUUCAUGAGGCAUCUGUGGAGGAUCUUCUCUUGACAGAGCCAGAACCAGACCAUCCUGGGAAAUGCCGAGUCACAGGAGUCGUUCUGGGGGAUGGGAGCACCGUACAUGCUGGAAGUGUUAUCCUGACCACCGGUACAUUUCUGAGGGGUAUGAUCCUCAUCGGACUGGAGAUGCACCCAGCUGGGCGGCUAGGGGACCAGCCAGCCAUUGGGCUGGCUCAAACUCUGGAGAGAUUGGGCUUUGCGGUGGGCAGGCUGAAGACUGGGACGCCGCCCCGACUUGCCAAAGAUACGAUUGACUUCAGUGGUCUGGAAGAGCGCACAGCUGACAAUCCUCCAGUGCCGUUCAGCUUCCUCAGCGAGGCUGUGUGGAUCAAGCCAGAAGAUCAGCUGUCGUGUUACCUGACUCGCACUACCCUGAAAGCCCAAGAAAUUAUCAAUAAUAACCUCCACCUGAACAACCAUGUAAGGGAGACAACAAGGGGCCCACGGUACUGUCCCUCUCUUGAAUCAAAGAUUCUGCGCUUCCCAAACCGAGCACAUCAGGUGUGGCUGGAGCCAGAAGGUUUGGAGUCCAGUGUCAUUUACCCUCAAGGCAUGUCAAUGACACUACCACCUGAGCUCCAGGAGCAGGUGAUCAAAUCCAUCCCAGGCUUGGAAAAAGCUAAGAUUUUACAGCCAGGCUACGGGGUGCAAUAUGAUUUUUUAGAUCCUCGUCAACUCACAGCUUCUCUUGAGUCUCGUCUUGUUCAGUGCCUCUUCUUUGCAGGCCAGGUAAAUGGCACUACAGGCUAUGAAGAAGCUGCAGCUCAGGGCGUGAUUGCUGGAAUCAAUGCUUGCCUACGGGUUCAUGGCAAGCCCCCUUUCAUUGUCAGUCGCACCGAAGGCUACGUUGGUGUCCUGAUUGACGACCUUACCACUCUGGGCACCAGCGAGCCGUACCGUAUGUUCACCAGCCGUGUGGAGUUCCGCAUGUCUCUCCGGCCUGACAAUGCUGAUGCCAGGCUCACCCACAGAGGUUUUGAGGAAGCUGGGUGUGUGUCACAGCAGCGAUAUGAACAAGCAGUUAAGAUGAGAACUGCUUUAGAGGAUGGAAUUGCAACAUUAAAAUCCCUUCAGUUCAGCAUAUCCAAAUGGUCCCAGUUAAUACCAGAAGUUACCAUCAGUAGUAGUCGAAGGUCACCUGUCAGUGCCUUUGACAUCCUUCAGUAUCCGGAGGCCAACAUGGAGCUUCUGGCAAGAGCUAUCCCAGAGCCCCUGGGAAAGCUUGCUCAAUGGAGAGAACUGGCAGAGAGAUUGAAAAUAGAAGCUGCUUAUGAGUGGUGUGUAGUCAAUCAACAGCAGGAAAUAGAAGAAGUGCGUCGUGAUGAAGCCCUCCAACUGCCAGAGGACCUAGAUUACUUUGCCAUUGAUGCGUCCCUGUCCGCCGAGGUGCGGGAGAAACUGGACUCUAACCGUCCCCAGACGAUUGGUGCAGUCAGCCGCAUCCCUGGAAUUACACCAGCUGCUAUCGUUAACCUGCUAAGAUUUGUGAAAACAAAUCACCACAAGAUGGAGAAGUUAAAAGUGUUACCUCAGACUGGCAAGUAUUUACGGGGGAAAAUGUACUCCGAGAAGGCAACUUCCCAAAGACAGGUUUCAGCAGAGGUUUCUGAAGAGGAGCCAGAGAGUACCUUG